UGUGCGUGCUCCUUCACCAGCUGCGACAAAAUCGUACGUCGGUUUUAUACAUGUAUAUAUAUAUAUAUAUAUAUAUAUGUAUAUAUUGUACGUUGUACCGAAUAAAUUUUUUCACGGAUAAUUCUCAUCCGAUUCCAAGAGUGCGGUAAAGAGACUCGGAGUCAGCUGGUAGUUCGGAAAGGAGAAAGAGUGAAGAUUGGCUUUUUAAAACCGCAGACGACGAUUGUGCGACGAAAUUAAUACGAAUCAAAAGGAAACCCGAGACACCCGGUGGAUAAAGGAAAAUUACGAAAGCAAAGAAAACGAAAGAAUAACAAAAUCCUGAACAAAGUUUUAAAGAAAAGCGGAGGCGUCGUUUUAUAAUAUUCAGGUAGUGUGCAACGCAUCAAGUUCUGCAGUUUUUUGUACCCGCAGUUUAAAUCGAAUCUACCACAAAAACGAGAUUAAGGAAAUAAGAGAGAAAACAUCCCUGUGUCUGUGAACGUCCAACACCCCCCUUCACCGUUACGCUCGUCUCAGGAGAAAAACAAAAAAAAAAAAAAAGAUAUACCAAAAAAAAAAAAAAAGAAAAAAAGAAAGAAAGAAAGAAAGAACGAAAACAUAACGACCAAAAAAAGAAAAAUUAACGUAAAGUUAAAAGUAAAAUUGAAUUUGUGACUUCUGUCUUCCUAUGUGAUACAACGCGGACAGGGAAAAAGAAAACGCCAACACCGAGUCCCCUGUCAUACGAAGGCCGAGCUCAUUCUAACCUUUGGGCUUCGACUGGGACUUCCGUGUUUUCCCUACGAAAUACGGUUGGGUGUGAUGAGGGGCGUGGGUUAAGCGAAAAAUCGCCGAGGUGCGAAAGGUGCACGUCUGAGGAAAUAUGCCGCCGUCUUUGAUACCGCCGAUUUUCAGCCCUUUGCUGCUGUUACUCGUCGCGGCCGACAACAGCUGGGCCUUCAAUUCGCGACAAGGGGAAUGCACUUUUCCGUCGCGAUGGGAGGGCAGCUGGUUCCAAAGCGGCGUUUAUCAACCCAUCACCGUAUCGAGGAACAUUUUUUCAAGCAAGGGACGCUGCCUCCACAACGAAGGUGACAAGUUCCUCCUCGUCGACGAAAAAUCGUGUUAUCGCUGCGUCGUGAUACACGAAAAGCACCCGAACGUCCUGCAGUACAAAGAAACGUUUUGCCACGGUAGGAAUUCCCUGGCGUCCUUGUGCUCUUACAUAACAGGAGACGCGCUGCUCUUCUCGAUGUUUCGCGAGGAUGCGCAGGCAGUGCCCUGCCCUUUUCGAGGGCCCAUGACCUUCUCCUACAACAGAGGUCACGAAACUUGUUCAAGCCCCCAGAGCAACGUCGACACCUGCACCGAGGACAGCAGACUUCUCUUCCGGUAUCAAGCCUGCCCGGACAUCCCGGCCUCGGAAAGCGCAGUCGAGGAGCUGGAGUGUCUGGCGACCUGGAAGGAAGGUAGCAGCCGAUACCUCGUGGGUCGCCUUCACCACCGACACGCGUCGAACAACGAGGACCGCUAUCGCUGCUUUGUCUACGAAAGAGUGAGUCAGUCGAUCGGAGGUCUGAAUCGAGCCAGCCUGGGUCUUGACCAGGACGUCCCAUUGCCCGGAGGGCCGAUUCCCGAUGGAGCCCCAGAAAUUUAUCGGGUUGCACAGAGUGACGACGCGACCUGCAACGGCCUCUUCAGCACAAUGGAAGGCUCGCGGUCGAUGACGCUGAGGAAAGCCCCAUCCCCAGGAAAAUGUAGAUUUCCCAGCUGGCUAAGCGGACACACAGCCGGGGGCCUGACUUGGCACACCUUGGACUUGACGCGAUCUUACACCUUCCAUCCGCGGAAUGCCUCGCUUCAUACAAUGAGGUCAAACUCGUCGACGAUCCGGUACGAAAACGGGGCUGCGGAGGGUCAAGAGGUUCCUGGAGGACAGGACGAGCAGGACUUCAAGAUCCUCUGCAACGUUAUCAAACAAUCGAAUCCUGGACAAACGAUGGCGAUGAUCGUGGCGCACUUCACCGUCGGAUGCCGCAGCGGUUACAUGUGCAUGACUUUCUAUAGAAGGGACGGUCACGUGGUAGAAGUGCAGACUGGAAACACGGUCGCCAGACCGGAAGAGGCCUGCAGCCCGCCUCACUACAUCCCCCAGAACACCCCCUACAUCACUCUUGUCACGAGUUCACCGGAGCCACGGCAGUGUCCGUACCUCGGUAAGUUCACGGUGACGGGAAUGAAUCGAAACCAGAGAAACACGCGGGAGAAUCGGCGAAUCCACGAAGUUCACAGGGACAAGGAGAAGGUGCGCCACGCCCAGGAGAAGACGUUCGAGGUGGAGGCGAGGCGGGCGAACAACGAUUACCUCGUUCACGAACGGCGAGGCAGGAAAACGCGGUCCAACAGGAGGGUGGGCCGCUCGCCUCGGGCCCCGCGAGGCGCCGAGGGGCCCGAGGACCUCCUCGAGGGCGCCGAGGACUUUACGAGACGGCAGCGCCGGUUUUGGGGCCCACGAAGUGAGGAGGGGGCCGGCGACGGGAAGCCGGACCUUGUUCAGUCCCACGUCGACUACUUCGGGGACUACGACACCGCCUCGCGACCGACGAAGCGCAGCACCCCCUUCGACCUCGCCGACGUAAUCAGGCCCCGGCGGGCCUUACGGACUGACGCCGAGCGUGACUCUUCGGACAGGAGGGAGAAACGCGAGGAGGAAGAGUCGGGGUGCGUUUCGGAAGUCACAACCCUCACCGUUGGAUGCUCAACCGCUGACAGGAUGGAGUUCCAGGGUGAUUGCGUUGACGACGAUACCGUCACUGCUUAUUCCUGCCACGGGCGUUGGUUCGACACGGAGGGCACGCAAUUCGUAAUUGCGACUCCUCUGGCAACCAGGAGGACGGCAUGGUCCAACGACAACAACAGACCGCAGCCAUUCCGCAACAGCAGAAGACUCUGUUUCAUGUACCGUGAAAGUGGCGGUGUGGUCAGUUUGACCGCCAGUCCGGUCGCUUGUCAACGAGGAGUACCGCCGCCGCCUCCGAUGUUGGCCUUCAACGCGACGAGCAUAGGCCAAUGCGUGGAGGACAACGCCGCACCGAAAUUGAGAACUUCGGGAAUGGCGAUUAGCUUGGUGAUAACGAUUAUCGCGAUAUUCAGGUGAUUCUGAGUGUGUGUAAAAAAGGAAAAUGGAGGAAAUCGAGAAACAAUUCGACGGACGAGAGAGAUACGCUACUAACGUGUAUCGAUGUAUAAUAUUUCAUGUAAAAAGCUGCACAUCCGAUACUUCGAUAAGUUUAAUGAAAAAAAUAUCCACACACUUACGCAGACACACGGAAAAAAAAAAUAAACAGUGACAUAUGUCUGUACAGAUUAUUAUUAUUAUUAUUAUUGUUUUUAUUAUUGUUAUUACUAUCAUUAUUGUCAUUGCUACUAUUAUUAUAUAUUAUUAUACUUAGGUACGAGAGAAAAAUAUUGGAGGAUUGAGAAUUUGACCAAUCGGAAUGUAGCUGUUAGCCUGCGUCUCGUUGAGCCGAUUAUUCGGCGUGUCCGUGUGACAAUCGAGUGAAUUGACGAUGCAAAUGAUUGUUGAUGAAAGAGAAAAAAAAAAAAAUAGUCGCGAAAUUGCGGAAAUUUGAUGCCAAAUCGUCACACGCGGCACUCCGGAUUCCGUUUGACGAAACGGGAAUAGGUUUUUUACCGAUAGGUGUUAGGGAUUAUAGAUAGUAUAUAUAAUCGGGGGUUAAAUGUAAGAACAUAGCUAUAUGUAUAUAUAUACAUAUAUAUACAUAUAUACGAGUGCGCGAUGGGAUGUAUAAAUAAUUAUGUAAGGGGCUAUGGCUUAGACGAUAUCAUGGUGCGUUUGAGACGGUGUGAUGUGAACGAGAUGCGAAAAUGUUUUAAUACCCGUGAUUAUAUAGUGUGAAGAUUGAGCGGAAGAUGUAGAAAAAUUAGAAUAAAUAACAGUAAUAAUUAAAACAGCAUUAUGAAUUACGAUUGAAAAAAAAAAAAAAAAAAACAAUCGAUCCGAAUCUAUAGAUAUUAUUAUACAUAUAACAUAUUAUACGGGAAGCCCAAAAAAUUAACGAAUCUCUGUAUAGAGUACAUAGAUAUAUAUAAUAAUCACCCGAUAGGCCGGUGAUUGAGGAAAAAGAAAAUUAAAUGAGAAUAGAAAUAAAGGAUCAUGAGAGCAAACUAGAAUUUAAGAAUUCGUAUUACGUAUAAAAGAGUGAGGAUAUUAAUUUCUUAUGUAACGAAAUAAUUUUAACGGAGGAUCAAAAAGAAAAACAUGAAAGAAACAGAAAAAAAAAAAAAAAAAAAAUCAAGUAAAUUCAAUAAGGAACAUGAGAAGAGGAAAAAAUUGGACAAAGAAAUUUUUAAUAUAAUAUUCAUCGAUAAAACUAUCUACCGCUGUGAAAAUUAUCCGUAAACAAACGAACCUGAGGCGAAAGAAAGAGACGAACGAGAAAAAAAAUUAUGCCGAGAGAUUUACCGAACGCGAGAAAAGGAAGGGAUGAAAAAAAAAAAAAAAAACAAAAAAAAAACACACGCAUUAUAGGUGAUCAAGUGAGAAA